AUGGCAUCGCGGCCAGAAGCCACGUGCGUACUGGGCUUCUGGCUGAGCUGGCUCUGCAUGCUUUCGCUGGCAAAGGAUUUCACUCCAUGGCUCCAGCCGAGCAGUCACACCCGAAGCUGCACGCAGAUGCAGGCAAGGCGAUUUAGUCGCUACUCGCGCUCCUUGCGGCGCACUGCUGGCAACACACUGCGCCCCGGUGACAGGCAGCAUCUCCUAGCCGAACUGCCGGGUGAGGUCGAUCAGCGGGUGUCGGACCUCCUUGGCCAUUUCGAAGAGGCUUAUGCCGCGCCCGACUUUUCGCCGCAGCAGCUGAAGGAGGAGUACAACACGUACUUCAGGCCGCAAGCGGCGAGCCAGGCGUGGCAGGAGCUCUCGCCGAGAGGCUUCGCACGGCUCCUAGCGGAUGAGAGGCUCACCUCGAGCUCGGCCGUGGUGGACGUUGGUAGCGGCCUCGGCAAGCUGGUGGCUGUCGCCGCUGCCACCACCCCCGUCUCUGCUGCCUGGGGCAUCGAGCUGAGCCCCUGCCGCGCGGAAGCGGCCGCGGAGGCCAGGAAGAAGCUUGAGGCGCUUGGUGCAUUGAGCAGUGUGGAAGUUGAGCGCAUGAGGCUUUUGCAGGGCAACUGUCUGGAAGACCUCUCUGAGGAGGCAUUGAGUGCAUCGCACUUCUUGCUCACGAUGCGGCGGGUUGGGAAGCUCCCUGCUGGCACGCGGCAAGUGUCCGAGCGCUUCCUGGAUCUCCUGGCGCGGCGCGGGGACACAAAGGUCGUCUGGAGCGUCGGCAAGAGACUGGAGCCGCGCCCUGGAUUGGAGUACGUCCACUCCUGCAUGCUGGAUGCCGAGUGGACGGACCAAGAGGAUGUCCUCAUCCACCGCUACUCCCUCGAUUCAGCGGCCGAAGCCGCCACUCACUGA